CGUGAGAGAUCUCGAUCUCCUCGCCGUCGCUCCAGAAGUCCGGGACGGUCUCGUCGUCGAUCAUACUCUCCUAGGAGCAGAUCAAACAGUCGAGAAGACACCCGUCGAGGCCGCGAUCGCUCGCCCAUGACUGGCACAGGUGCUACCGGUGGAGGAUCUAGUUCUGGUUACGGCGGACAGCAGUCCAACCGAUCUUACGAAGAUCGCUCACGAGCUCGAGAACAAAUGAUGAGCAGCAUUCGAGAGACCUCUCAACAAGACCGCCGGGUCUACGUCGGCAAUCUUUCGUACGAUGUCAAGUGGCACCACCUCAAAGACUUCAUGAGACAGGCGGGAGAGGUACUCUUUGCCGAUGUGCUAUUGCUUCCAAAUGGAAUAAUUGUGGAAUACGCAACAAGAGAGCAAGCUCAGCAAGCUGUUGCCCAACUUAGCAACCAAAACCUGAUGGGCCGUUUGGUCUACGUUCGAGAGGACCGAGAGGCCGAGCCUCGCUUCAUCGGGAGCUCAGGCAGCAACCGCGGCGGAUAUUCCGGCGGAAUGCCUGGCGGAGGCGGCGGUGCCAGUGCUGGUGGUUUCAACCCAGGCUUCGGAGGCGGCCCCCCUGGUGGAAGUCGCCAGAUUUAUGUUGCCAAUCUUCCGUUUAACAUCGGGUGGCAGGAUCUCAAGGAUCUGUUCCGACAGGCUGCGCGCACUGCUGGAGUCAUCCGUGCCGAUGUCCACAUGGGCCCAGAUGGUCGUCCUAAGGGUUCCGGUAUCGUUGUCUUUGAAAGUCCAGACGACGCGCGAAAUGCCAUCACGCAAUUCAACGGCUACGACUGGCAGGGCCGAGUCCUCGAAGUUAGAGAAGAUCGCUACGCUGCCUCCGGGGGCAUGGGCUUCGGCGGCGGCCGUGGUGGAUUUGGUGGCGGCAUGCGAGGGGGAUACGGCGGUGGUUUUGGCGGCGGCGGCGGCCGCGGAAACUUUGGUGGUGGUCGUGGAGGCUUCGGUGGUUUUGGUGGUCGCGGUGGAGGCUUUGCUGGCGGGCCUCCCUCUGGCGGGCCUAGCAACUUCGAACCUGCUGCCUCCGUUCCUCCCAACCCCUUCACUGACUAUGCUACCGCUGGAACUGAUCCAAGCGAGAUCAUUUACGUGCGAAACCUGCCCUGGUCAACCAGCAACGAUGAUCUUGUCGAGCUUUUCACAACCAUUGGUAAGGUUGAGCAAGCUGAAAUCCAAUACGAACCAAGUGGCCGAUCCCGUGGCACUGGUGUUGUUCGAUUCGACAGCACUGAGACGGCAGAGACUGCGAUUAGCAAGUUCCAGUCUUAUCAGUAUGGUGGACGUCCCCUCAACCUGCACUUUGUCAAGUACCUUAACCAAGGCGGAGCGGAGAACAUGGACACCGAUUCCCAUGGAGGCUUGACCCAGGAUCAGAUGAUGUAG